AAAUCUCUUUCCAGCCCCCCUACUCACCACCACCUCUUCGUAAAACUCCCAUUACCCUCCCCCCCCCUCCUUGGAGAGAGACAUAAUUACAUUAACCUCAACCCAAUUGCAUUUUCAACUGAUUAUUGCAUGUUGGUCUUGAUGUGCAAAUGCUGGCAACCUACCGCUAAUGGAAUGGAGAACUGUAAUAUCCCCACGGCCAGGUUGAUGGAUGUCACUUGGGAGACUGGCCUUACAUCAUCUUCACCAGAAGGAACAUGGUGCAGGGAGGCCCACUAUGCUCCCAAUACCUCCGCUCCAGUGACACUGUGUUAGCGACUGCCACUUUAAGCCCUGUCAGCCAUGUUUCUUUACAUAGUAGUUUAUACACACCUUAUGCUUUUUGAGGAAUGACACGACAAGAGGAAGAGCAUUAAAUGCUUAGACUCUGAGUUAGAUUUCUUGUUCUCGCUGAAAUUCUGAACAUGGGUUUGCAUUGCAGUGAGGUUCAGAGUGAACAUAUUUACAGGCACUGUGAUGGAACGGUGUGCACGGAUAAGCUCUGAAUGUGCAAUGCUGAGCAGGCGAGCCAUUCUCAUUUCCUAUGCAAAUUGAUUUGGCCAUCAGCGUUCAGCAGCCUCCCUUGUGCAGCACACGGUGUGAAAGUGGAGUUUUAAUAGAAACAGGAGUGAAGCACUUUCUCAGCCUCUGUCUCCUGCGCAUUGAUCAAGGUUGGCAGUACAUUAGGUUUUCCUGUUUACCCUGCAUCUGAGUCUGAGCAAACAGUCUCAGUGCAGCUCAGGCAACUCUUGGAGUGGUCAUAUAUCCAUCUAUCCAUUAUCUGUACCCGCUUAUCCUGGGCAGGGUCGCGAGAGAUGCUGGAGCCUAUCCCAGCAUGCAUUGGGUGAGAGGCAGGAAUACACCCUGGACAGGCCACCAAUCUAUCGCAGGACACACACGAUGCACUCAUACACUCAUACUGUGUGUGUGUGUAUUUGUGAGCUCCAUAUUGUUUGGGACAAUGACAUUUUUUCUUGAUUUGGAUUUGUACUCCACAAUUUUUGAUUUGUAAUCACACAAUGCACAUAUUGUUUGUGCACACUCAGCUUUUAUUAAAGGCCAUUUUUAUAUAUUUUUAUUCCUUAGUGCAGUAAGAGAGCUUUCAGUAUCUACUCCUGACUCUACACUUUUGAUUGAGACUGCUAUGGAUGUUUCUCAACAUGAGGACCAGAGCUGUGCAGAUGAAAGGCAAGAAGGUCAUUAUGAGGCUGAGAAAUAAAUUUAAAAAACAAUUGGUACCAUGUACCAUACUGUAUAUCAUUCCAUUACGAAUGCAGACUUAGGCCAGUUCGCAAUAGCUGUUUGUAAAGUGGUAUAUUAUUGAAUUGCAGAUCUCCUUGUCAAAGAACCAGACAAUUGUUUAUCAUUCUGAGUGAGGGACAUUCAAAAUAACGUUAUAGAAUGUAUCUUUUGAUCAACUGGCCUUCAGAUUGCUGAAGAUCCCUUCCAGUCUGUAAGUAGAGCAAGUGAUGAACCCAUCCAACCUCAAAAGCAAAUACUGGCAGCAGCAUAAACCCUAAAAGAAUAUCAGGGUAACCUUUUUUAUGUACAGUACUGUGUAGCAAUAGUAGUCCUGGUAGUAUGGCAGUUGUAGUAGUAGAAAAUGAAGAAGCACAGAUAUCAGUAGUACUGGUAGUAAGGAAGAAUUAUUGAUUUGAAUGUUAGUUUUGUCAGUAUUGCAAUGGUCAUGAAUUAUAUAUUUGCUUUUAUCCCCACAUCAGUUUGUUGAUAGUUGAUCCUAUGUGAAAGUGUAUAUCUGGCCGGAUGCCAAGGGAAUCCUCUUGGCUACAUGUCAGUUUCCUGCAUUGUAUCUGCAGGGCCAUGUUGACAGCGUUUAGACACAAACGGUCUCAAAUAAUGGAAGAAUGCAUAUUGAACAGUAAAAUUUCACUUUUCAUGGACAUGUUCCUAUAAAGAGAUUUAAAAAUAUGUUGAAUAGUUCACAGAAUAUGUGUUUAUAAGGAAAAUGGAAUGUCUAGGAGCCAUAGAUAUGAUGAUGAAAUGGGUAUAGAUUUCAACGAGAAGAUGGAUGUAGGGAUCAAUAUCCUAUAUCACUAUGCGCUCCUUAUACUGCAUUUAAACCAGUUGAAAACAUGGGAUUAAAUUUUUAGCUGUAGUGUGCAAAAAGUGAGUGAAAAGCAAUUACAACUCUUUUUUUUGAUUUAUAUAUUAUAUUGUGCAUUAAGCCUAAUUUGAAUACCGCUGCAGGUUCCAGCAGGGCCAUAAUCAACCCCCUUCACCACUACAAUGUUAUAGUUCGCUGAUGUAAGCUCAUUGCUUUGCAAAGCUGAUGAUUUAUUGUGUCUCUAGCUGCAGCUCCACAAAUUCAUUUUGCCAUUGGCCAGAGCUGUGCUGCCCUUUUUGGCAUUUAAGUAUCUUUGCUGGCCUCGCCUGGGUCCCUUUAAACAGGCUCAUCUGCACUGCCCCAUGUUGUUUGAUAUAUUCACAAUCAGCAAGUGGCGUGCCAAGUGUGGCGUGUGCUGCGAGCCACAUGCGGAUUUCUGUUUAGGCAACGUGCAAAUUGGCUGCCGCUCCUUUCCGGGUGCACCUUCAUGCGCUGCUGCCCCGGGACACGUGUAGGUGAGAGGAACGCACUGCGCUAAAGCAGUGAUGGGGUUAAUGCGCCGCACUGCUCUUCAGCACAACUGACCCGCUAAGCGUCCCCUCUGAGAUUUUACAGCCGCCUCCCGUCCCACGAUCACAGCCACCCAGCCCGCCGCUACUGCGGGGGGGAGAGCUCGCAGACAGAGGGGGCAACCUGAGCCGGAUCAAGCCAGACCAUUAAUAAUAAAGGAGGUGAGCUUUUUACAGGAGGGGCACCUUCUUCCAAGGCACACGCAGAGAGCAUCCGCUGAUUUCUUAUUUCUGUGCAGAAGAACAUUCUUGCCCUUGUAGGUCUCUCUGUACUCUGGAUGAACCUGGGACGGUGUAAAUAAAAAAAGGCAUGCUCAGCCGCAGAGAGAGGAGAUGCAUAGCAUUGUAUAACAGCCAGCAUCAUCCCACGCUGCCUGCCAUUGCUUCCGGGAUCUGGAGACUCAUGGAGACCGAAUGGCACUCCAGAUAAGGGGCAGUGCUGUAAUUGCCUCUUAAAUCGAUCCUGCUCGCCUGCUGCGCUUGUCCCGGCGGAUGCUGCUCAGUCCUGCUAUGGGAUCCAACGAGGAAGGAGAGAGCUGGAUGGAGGACCAGUGGGAGAAAUGGCUGACCCACGACAUAAGCCUCGAUGAGUUUGAGGACGAAGACCUCUCGGAGCUCACAGAGAUCACCGAUGAGUGUGGGGUGAGCCUCAACAGCAACGGUCUUGACAUCAAGGGCCAUGUGACACGGGGAGCCAAUAGUGGGCCAGGGAAGGCAGAAGGGAGUGUGGCUUCCAAGCUGCAGGCGGAGAUGCUCCAUUUGGACCUGAUCGAUGCUGUGGAUGACAUUCAGGACGAGGAAGCUGUGCUGCCUACCAUUGUGCCCUCUGUGAAGGAACCUGCUCCUGUAACCAUGGAUACCUACCGGCCCAAGAGACCCACCACACUUAACCUCUUCCCACAGGUGCCUCGGACUCAGGACACACUAAACAACAACUCAUUUGGUAAGAAGUACAGCUGGCAGGAGAAGGUCCGGCAUUCUUCCUCCCCUCUGAAAACAGCGGAACUGACACCUACACAUGAGCACAUCUGCCUGAGUGAGGAGGACUCGGCGCAGCACGGUGGCAGCACGCAGACCAAAGACAAAGGCACCUCAACGGACACCCCCAGCCGAAGGACCUCCACACAGAGCAGCGGGGGCACGCGCUCCAAGCUGCAGGACAAGCCCCCGGCUGCGGCCAGCUCUCAGUCCCCCGCGCAGGCAUCGGGGGCGGCGCACCGCGAGCGAAUCCGCUACCACACGGACGUGCGCCUGGAGCCCACCGAGGAGAUCUACCUGACCCCCGUGCAGAGGAACUCGGACCCGCUGGAGCAGGACAGGCCUUUCCUCUCACAGGCAGGGGAAAAUAACCGCAUGUCCAUCAGCUCCGACGCAGAGGGGCCCCCACCCUACCAGCCCCUCCCUGACCGGACAAACCCUUCCAUCAGCGAGGAGGAUGAGGUGUACCCUCCCUCGUCCUCCUCCACAGCCGCCCUGGACCUAAGUGCGAGAGGGGCGGGGUGCGGGGCUGGGAGCAUGGCUGGGGGUGGGGCGGCGGCGGCUGCCUCCGAGCUGGGCGUCCCACGGACUUCCAUCAGCUCAGAGGCCAGUGGGCUCUCCUAUGACUCAGUCAAAUACACCCUGGUGGUGGACGAGCAUGCCCAGCUGGAGCUAGUCAGCCUGAGGCAGUGCUACCAGGGCUACAGCGACGACAGCGACUCGGCUACCAUCUAUGACAACUGUGUCUCCUCCCCCUACGAGUCGGCCAUUGGUGAGGAGUAUGAAGAGGAGGAGGAGGGUGGGGGCUUGAGACGGGAUGCCUCUUGUCUGUCACAGGACUCCACCCCCGAGGCUGAUCUUCCCAUGUCCCGCAAGUUCCUCAAUGUCUUCAUGAACGGCCACUCUCGCUCUUCAAGUGCAGAAUCCUUUGGUCUGUUCUCCUGUGUAAUCAAUGGGGAGGAGCGAGAUCAGAGUCAUCGAGCUGUGUACAGAUUUGUUCCUCGUCAUGAUGAUGAGUUGGAGCUUGACGUGGAUGACCCACUUCUGGUAGAGGUACAGGCAGAGGACUACUGGUACGAGGGAUACAACAUGCGCACCGGUGCCCAUGGAAUUUUCCCUGCCUACUAUGCCAUUGAGGUCACCAAGGAGCCCGAUCAAUACAAAGUGAAAAGCUCUGACUGGGAGGACACAUUCCGGGUGAAAUAUUUGGGCUCUGUUCAAGUGCCGUAUCACAAAGGGAAUGAUGUUCUCUGCGCAGCUAUGCAAAAGAUUGCAACUAAUAGAAGAAUGACAGUACAGUUCAACCCUCCCUCCUCCUGCAUACUAGAAAUCAAUAUGAAAGGCGUGAAACUUGUUGUUCAAGAUGAGUACAGCAGUUUUAGCAGAGGAAAUAAAUGCAGUCACUUCUUUCAGCUGAAGAACAUCUCCUUCUGUGGUUAUCAUCCAAAGAACAAUAAGUAUUUCGGUUUUAUUACAAAACAUCCAGCAGAUCAAAGGUUUGCUUGUCAUGUCUUUGUGUCAGAAGACUCGACCAAGCCUCUAGCAGAAUCUGUAGGGAGAGCAUUCCAGCUAUUCUAUAAGGAAUGUGUUGAGUACACAUGCCCAACAGAAGACAUCUACCUUGAAUAGCCUGUCCUGCCUUCCCUGUACAUUAAUGUAUAUCAUAAUAUGUUGCAUGGUGGUAAAAAUAAGGUAAAAAUCAUUACAACAAACAAAAAAUUAAGACAUUUGCUUUCUGGCCAAGUUAUUUCCUUUUUAAAAAAAUAUAAAUAUGCAAAGAUGUUUGAGUUCUGUGAACGAUCUUAUUCUAAACUCAAAGUGCAACAUUGUAGUGUUAAAACUCCCUCUUGUGAGUGGACGUAUGACAGAUAUAUAUAUACAUAUAUUUAUUUUUCCUGAUAGCUAGCAGUAGGAACAAUUAAACUAAAGUUCAAAGUGUUGCAAAUUUCAAGGAAAUUCUGAGGCCACAAAACAGAUGUUUGAUAUCAUGCCGCAGCUGUCCAUUUUUAUCAGCUCUUUUGUGGUGAACUGAUAAACAUGAAUAUAUCAGGAUGAACCAGAGGUUUCUUUGACAUCUGUAUUAGUACAGGCACAAAAGAUGUGGCAGAUAUUAUACUUUUGUGUUUUUGUAGUUUUUAUUUUUUGCCCAAAUAUACUCCAGUUCUAAAUGCAUUUUUUUCAUACUGGAAACCCAUCACUUGAGUUGGAGGUAUACAUAUGCAUAUUUGUUAAAAGCUAUCCUUGAAAAACUUGAUGAUGGAGUUUAUUUGGGUGAUGGGGAUUUUCUUAUGAAAUUAAAAACUGCAAGAAGAGUGAAAGAUCAACUGGUUUGCCUGUAAGUUCAGAUCAUCCUUAUGUCAAAAUGUUCAAAAUCACAAAGAAGCAAAGGAAAUUUUAAUUUUUUUGCAGAAAAAGUUAAAUGUAGAAAAUACAGAUUGUCAAGCUUUUCCAGGACACUUCAAUUUCUUUUGAUGCACUGUACAUGAACUUAAACCAUGAUCAUAACAGGUCACUCACUGUAUCCUGUUAUGAUCAGUUAUUGUGAUCAGAUUUUUAGGUAUUUGAAAAGUAUCAUGGUUCUUCACUUCUUGGUUCCACUUGAAGUUAUAAUGGCAAACCACAGCUUCUUCAACACUACAAUAUCCUGUUUCCCCAGUCGGUUGGUAGAUGGGACAACACAUUUCAUUCCCCUUGAAUGACAACCAUAUUUUAGUUCGAUUUAUUCAGGUGAGACUUUCAAACAAAAGCAUUUCCCUUCGCUACUCCCAGUAUAAAAAAUGCGACUUUUACACCAUUGAAACAAACCAGUAACCAGCCUGUCUGGAAAUUCAGUCACAAUCUAAUACUAUCUGACAGAUAUACAAUACUACACAUAUUAUCAUUUAGCCCAACAUUUCAACACACAUUAAAUAAAGUCCAAUGAUUAUCAUUUGAGGCUUUAGGUAAAUUUUGUUGUGAUGUUGAUGUUUAUGAGGUCAAAGACUCAUUAGGUGUUUCUCUGUUUCAUUAGGGGAGUCCCAAAUGAUCUCAUUUCUAACACAGAAAUCCAUGACUGGAAUGAAAUGUAGCUAAUGAAAUCCUCUGUCCAUAGCAGAGAUGCUGACUUUGUCUGGGAAGCAAAAAGUGAAUCAGACUUUCAGAUCUUCACUAGUAGUGCCUAUUUUUUAUCAUUAUCAUUCUGAUUAGUGUGAAUAUACAUAUUUAUAUAUUUUGUUUAUUAAGAGUUAUCAUGGGGCUGUGGGAACUGUUGAAAUGCUGUUGGUGAGUGAAGUAUCUCAAAGUGUGCGGAAAGUAAAACAGAGUUUAUGGCACAGAGAAAUGUCUUCAUUACAAAGCAGGAAAUGCACUGCAGUGCUGCUGGAUCAUGCCAAUGUGAUGUUCAAAUAUGAAAGGGAUACACAGCAUACAUGUGUGAAAUCUUUUAAAAGAACUUCCAUGAAUUCCAGUUGUCAGCAGACAAUUCUUCUCCUUAGUUUGGAAAAAAUAUUUUACUGUAUUUCGGUUUCUGACUUUUUGCUGUAGACACCUUUAGAUGGUAGACAAUUUAUGUGUUUGUCACAACAGAACAGGGAAUCUACCAAGUAAAAAGGAAAAGAGAAACAUAAAAGCAAGCCCACAGCAUUUAAACAAGAUGUGCAACUGUGCAUGUUAUUUAAAGUUGGCACCCACUGUUUUGUAAUGCAUACAAUAUAUGGUUCUUUAGGUAGACUAAAUCUGACACAUGCGCAAGAAUGUAUCUGGUCAUGGUGGCUUCUAUUCAAUCGAACUGUAGCAAGUAUGGCCUGGUAUUGCUAGUGAAGUGGCUGCUAUUCCAGCUGACAGUAAGUCUACUCAAAGCUAUGCCAAAUGUUCCAGUACCACAGCAAGGGAUGUUUCGUGACUAAGUGUAACCUCCCGAUAUCAAAAUCAGUACAUCACAAACCUAUUGCCUACUGUCUUCCUGGCUCUGUAUUAGCCUAUCGUAAUGGACUUGGCUUACAGUUUUGUGUGACAGAAGGUCCAUUUAGAAUUCAAGAGCCCAGAUGUACAAAGAGGUGUCUUAAGAAUGUCAGCAUGCUGUUUAUCAAGAAAAUGACUUUAAUUUGUUACAUUAAUUUAGAUAUUAUUGUAUGUAAAAUAGAAAUUACUUUAACCUCACAAACCUUUAAUUUUAUUACUUUUAGCGGGAUAUUUUGCACAUUUUGUAAUAUAGCCAUUAUUCAAGUGGAAAUAAAAAUGAGAAAAUAUUGCCAGCC